UUGCGCAUGCUCUAUCCAGCGGUGGCCAUCUUGUAAGCCGGGUGAAUAGCGUGGGGUUUUGUUCGGAAAAUCUCGGCAUUUAAACCGCCGAGAGAAACAUAUUUCUCGUUUUUCUUUCUAUAUCAUGAGGGAUGCCCGCGGUCGUGGCGGCAUGAGAGGACGUGGACGCGCGAUGCCCUACAAGGGACAACCUCCCUUCCGUACCUUCAUCCCACAUGUGCCCUUUGACCUGGUGCAGUGUGAGGUCGCCUUCCCCAGGGUCAAACCUGCGCCUGAUGAGACACACUUCACAGAGGCGCUGUUAAAGCGUAACCAGGACCUGACACCCACCACGGCUGAGCAGUCAGCUGUUCUCAACCUGGUCACCAAGAUCAACAACGUUCUGGACAACCUGAUCGUGGCACCGGGGAGCUUCGAGGUAACGCAUAUAGAGGAGGUCCGUCAGGUGGGCUCCCACAAGAAGGGGACCAUGAUGGCAGGACACAACGUCGCAGACAUUGUCGUUAUCCUGAAGAUUCUGCCUACAAGAGAGGCUGUGCAGGGACUGGGGAAGAAAGUGGUGGAAGAAGUGCGAAAUGCCGACCCAAAAGAGGGUGAUUUUCUAACAAUGUUGCCCAAUGAGUCUGGGUUUGAGGUUAGUUCUGCAGAGGCCACAGUUAAAGUCCUGGUGACCACCAUCCCACCAAACCUGCGCAAACUGGACCCAGAGAUACACCUGGAUGCUAAGACUCUACAGAUGAACCUAGCUGCCAUUCGACAUGCCAGGUGGUUUGAGGAAAAUGCCUUCCACUCCACCAUUAAGGUUCUGAUCCGUCUGCUGAAGGAUCUCCACAGCCGGUUCUCGGGACUCGAACCCCUGACCCCCUGGAUCAUCGACCUGUUGGCUCACUACGCGAUCAUGAACAACCCUAACCGCCAGCCGCUCCCGAUCAACGUUGCGUUCCGGCGCUGUCUCCAACUGCUGGCCGCCGGGUUCUUCCUGCCGGGGUCGGUCGGAAUCACCGACCCCUGCGAGGGGGGAAACGUCAGGGUUCACACCGUCAUGACUCUAGAACAACAGGACCAGGUGUGCUACACAGCCCAGACCCUGCUGCGAGUUCUCAGUCAUGGGGGAUACAAGAAGAUCCUGGGCAUGGAAGGAGACUCAAGCAUAGCUACAGAGAUGUCUGUGUGGGAAGGGGUUGUGGUCACGCCGUCAGAGAAGGCAUAUGAGAAGCCACCAGAGAAACCCGAGGGGGAAGGGGAGGGGGAAGGAGAGGGGGUAGAGGAAGCCAUGGAAGCCCAGGAUGUAUCAGCAUGAAGUAUAUAAGAAGACUGGAGUCAUGCCAUUCCACUGUCUGGUUACUGGUAGAAGUAGAGAUGUAUAGUACCUGGUAGUUACUUUUCCCACA